UGUCGCUGUGCGGUGCGGGCAGUUGUGAUUCCCCCGCCUCAGCAGCUCAACUCACGGAUCCGGUGUUUGUCUCAGGCCGCUGGAGCUCGAUCCGCCGGAGAGGGGACUUCCUACCGAGGCGCUGCCGUGUCCACACAGCCCCGGGCCGGCCAGAAUAUUCUCUAAUGGAUUCUCCUGAAAGCCCGAACCAGUCGCCCCAGUCUCCCGAGGAGGAGAAGGGCUUCUCCGACUCGGAGCUGCUGGAUUCUUCUGAUGAAGACGAGGACAGGGUGGUCUCGGGCAGCGAGCUCAUCAAUGAAGAGGAGAACGGAGAGCUGCUGGACGAGGACGAAGAGCCAGUGGAGAGCCGACGAAGAGGUUUGGGAUUAGAGGAGUUGGACGAAGAGGAAGAGGAGGAGGACGAGGUGGUGCCCGACUUCGUCUCUGACGCAGAGGAUGAGGAGCCUGGGGGGACGGGACAGGAGGAAGAGACCAUUGUUCUGAUGGAGGGGGAUGAAGAUGGUCCACAGGGGCACCAGUUAGAUGGAGAAGAGGAGAAGGAGGAGGAAGAGGAGGAAGAUGAGGAAGAGGACAGGGUCAUUGACACGCCACAGUCCCCCGACUCCGAACCGGUGAAGAGCUUUACUGAUGAAGACAAUGGAGAAGAUGGGGAGGAAGGAUACAGUCACUAUAAAAAGGAUGUCUCAGCCGAGCCUAAGACACCUGAGGUAGAUGAUGAAGAGGAGGAGGAGGAGAAGGAAAAGAUCCAGGCAGAGGAGGAAGAGGAGGGUGAGAGGAUAAGAGCUGCAGAAGGGGCGAGUAGAAGAUCGGUCACCGUGAAGGAGCCGAACGCCGACUCGGCUUCUGCUUCCCGGGAGCUGGACGAGCACGAGCUGGACUACGACGAGGAGGUCCCAGAGGAGCCCAACGUCCCUGCACAGGAGGAGGAGGAAGAGGAGGAGGAGGCAGAGGAGGAGCAGAGCGAGGACAAGAUCGUUAAGAAGAAGGAGAAGAAGCGUAUUCUGCCCCCGUCUCCUAAGAACAGUGACUCCAGGAGAUCAGAGGACUUCCGGGGGCCGGACCGCAUGUCCAGAGAUUCCUUCAGGGACAAGAAGAAGGACGAGGACGACGGAGAGAUCGAUGAAGGAGAGAUCGAUGACGAUGACCUGGAGGAGGGGGAGGUCAAAGAUCCCUCAGACAGGAAGAUCAGGCCACGCCCCAUCUGCAGGUUCUUCAUCAAAGGAAAUUGCACCUGGGGCAUGAACUGUCGGUUCAUCCACCCCGGAGUCAAUGACAAAGGCAACUAUUCCCUCAUCAGUAAACCAGACGUCUUCUCACCGAAUGGAGCGCCCCCUGGUGGACCGCACCCUCUCAUUCCCAAUAACCCCUGGGCCGGACCUGCAGUGGAGGAGCUCCCUCCACCCCCUCCCCCAGUGGAGCCCCCUGUGGAGAGUGCAUGGGAGAGGGGUCUGCGGCACGCCAAAGAGAUGCUGAAGAAGGCCACCAUCCGUAAAGAGCAGGAGCCGGACUUCGAGGAGAAGCGUUUCAACGUGACCAUCGGGGAGGACGAGAGGGAGUUUGACAAGGAGAACGAUUUCUUCAGAGAACGCAGCUACCGCAUCAUCAGAGAUGAAAUUGACUGCAGAGAUCCUGUAUAUGGCGACCAGUACAACGACCCUUACUACGACUAUGAGAUGGAGGCGCUGUGGCGAGGCGGCCAGUAUGAAAACUUCAGAGUUCAGUACACAGAGGCUCCACUUCCGUAUCACUACAACGAGCGUGAGCGCGACCCUCAGGAGCGACCCCGGGACCGAGAGAGGGAGAGAGAUCACCGCGAGCGGGAGCGCCGGCAGCGAGAGAGGGAGCGGGAGAGGGAGCGCGAGCGAGAGAAGGAGCGCAUGCGGCGGAAAGAAGAGUGGGAGCGGGACCGGAUGAAGCGCGACGAGAAGGAGAGGCCGAGGAUGCGACCUCCUCGGGACCCCAGGGAGAAGAAGGAGGAGGACAAACUGAAACCUCGCUCUCCGCUCGACCUGCCGCCCAACAGGCCGAUGGAGCCGCCCUCAAAGAAGGAUAUUGUUCCGUUAAUGCGGCGACCGGAUGAGUGGAAGGACCCGUGGCGUCGGUCCAAAUCCCCCAGGAGGCGCCCGGGGCUGGGCUCCCCCCCACGAGGCCGCCGGCGACACCGACCCUCCGGCUCGUCCGUGUCUCUGUCCAACUCCUCCAGGUCCUCGUCUCGCUCCUCCUCCUACAGCGGCUCGGGCUCCUCUCGCUCCCGCAGCCGCUCCUCCUCCUUCAGCUCCUACUCCAGCCACUCGUCCCAGCGCAGCUCCUUCAGCGGCAGCCGCUCCAGGUCUCGAUCAUUCUCGAGGUCUCCCUCAUCCAGUCGGACAGCGCCGAGGAAUGCUAAGAAUAAACCCGAGCCCCCCCCUAUGUUAACUAAAGGCGUGCCGCCGAAGCCGGGCGCCAUGCCGCCGCCGCGCAGGGACAAGCCUCCCAUGAAGAAGGCUCCCAGUCCCCCCCCGCCUGGUGGGAUGCAGGGCCGGCCCUCCAAACCCAUGCAGGAGGGAGGCAAGGCCCCCACCAACCCCCGGGAGCCCGGAGGACCCGGCGGCGGCGGAGCAGGUCGUCCCGUACCGCCACGGGAACCAGGAAAACCCCCCAACCCCCGGGAAGGAAGACGGAAAGUGAAGCAGCAGCGUCUUCCCCGGAGGCAAAAUGUGAGUGGGAGUGUCAGUGGAAGCGGGAGCAGUUAUACUGGUUCCAGCUCCCGAUCCAGAUCCUCCUCCAACUCGCUCUCGAAAUCCGGAUCCAGAAAAUCCAGGAAAUCCAGGUCGCUGAGCGUGAGCAGCGUGUCCUCGGUGUCCUCGGCCUCCUCCAGCAGCAGCUCCGUGCGCAGCGCCGACUCGGACGACAUGUACGCCGACCUGGCGAGCCCGGUGUCGUCGGCCAGCUCCCACUCCCCCGCCCCCAACCAGGCCCGCAAGGAGCGAGCCCCCGUCCGGGAGCGGCCUCCGCACGGGAGAGACAAGACCCGAGAGAGACCGACGAAGAAGGACGAACCCUUCAGGGAGGAUCGCAGGAAGCCGGACCCGUCUGGAGCCCCCCCCAGGGGGGGGAACCCUGUGCCCAAAUCAGGACCUGGUAGCAGGGGGGGGCACCCGGCACAUCCGCCUCCAGGCAACAUGGGCCCCCCUGGAAGCUAUGGAGGUUCAGGUUCCCACAAAGACAUCAAACUCACUCUCCUCAACAAGCAGCAGGGUGAUAAGGGCAGCAGGAAGAGGUACCUGCCUGCAGACAAGGACAGGCCGGGCUCGCCCCUCAGCAAGAGACUGGCCAUGUCUCCAGACCGAGGUCGUGAUAAAAGGAUCCCGGGUCGACCCCCGCUCUCCCCUCGAAUGGACCGACCCAGAGGCCAAGGCCCCCGGCCCGUGCCCCCCCACGGAGACAGGAAGCGUCCUCUGUCCCCGCCCCCGAAGUUGUCCGGCAAAGCCCCCCCGGCGCCGUCAGGCAAACCCGCCGCUCCGGGCUCGUCCGCGGCCGCCGGCUCGGCGUCGGCCUCCAACAAACCCAGCAACACGCUGUCCCGCCGCGAGGAGCUGCUGAAGCAGCUGAAGGCCGUGGAGGACGCCAUCGCCCGGAAGAGAGCCAAGAUCCCCGCCAAGUAGAAGGUCGCCCGGCCGGAGCUCCUGCGCUGACGCCACAGCGAGGAUCAGGGGGUGGAGCCUCCCCCCCCCCACCCCACCUCCGCUAUCAGUGGAUUUGUAAAAAUGUUGUUUGGUUCAUGCUGCCACAAGAAACAUCAACUGAGGUUUUGACUUCAUCCGAGAGCGCCGCUCGCUCCCACACAUCGGACGGUUGCUCAGCGGCGAGGAGCGGGGGGGGGGAACACGUGUGUGUGUGUGUGGCGAGGGAGGGGCGUGUCCGGGAUGAAGCGUGCAGGCGUCAAACAGAAGGUCGUGAGGGUCUCUCUGGUCCUCCGGUGAAGAGGAAGCAUCUUCCCGACGAAGCAGAUUUAUACAUAUUGAUUCUUCUUCUCUCGUCUUUUAUUGUCUCGUCCUCUCACAUCUUUUCUUUCCUCCGUGGAGCCGUGUGACCGGCGGCUUCGCUGCGCUUCUUUGUACAAAACCCUGAUUAUCUGUAUUCGCCCCCCCCCCCCGAGCCCCAGCGGCGUCCCGGCGGGUUCGUCCUCCUCCAGCGACUCGUCUGCGUUCCGUGAGUUCGCCGUCGCACCUUGUACAAUAACAGCAAGUCAUCCGAUUCUUUUAAGCGUUUGAUUAUAGACGAUAGUGAUGUGAAAUAUUGCUUCUUCUUUUUUUUUUAAUCUGCAGCAUUUUGUUUUCUUCUCGGCUCUCGAGUCAUGAAACCGAAGUUUUAUUUGUCAUGUUUUUAGUUGGAGGAGCGUGAGCGGUGGAGCGGAGACGUGUAGAGACCACGACAUGUCUUGCUUUUGUGACAACAGCCUUCGAAAUAAAACUAUUUUGAUAAAGAG